AUGAGUGGUGAAAGUUGUAAUAAGAGCUUGACUUUUAAAGGAAGGGUCGUUGUUGUUACAGGCGCAGGAGGUGGACUUGGAAGAGUCUAUGCAUUAGAAUUCGCUAAGAGAGGUGCCAAUGUGGUUGUUAAUGACUUAGACAAUGUACGCGAUAGUAAUAGUUCUAAUAAUGGUAUGAAAGCGGCUGACGUGAUUGUUGAGGAAAUUAAAUCAAAUAAUUAUAGUGGUGACGCUAUACCUAAUUACGAUGCAGUUGGUGGUCCACACACUUCAAAUAUCGUUGAUUCUGCGAUUAAAAAAUGGGGGAAGAUCGAUAUUUUAAUUAAUAAUGCGGGGAUUUUGAGGGACUCUUCUUUUGUUAAGAUGGAUCUCAAUCAAUUCAAUUCAGUUAUUGAAGUCCAUUUAACUGGAGCUUUCAAAUUAAUUAAAGAAGCUUGGCCAUACAUGAAAAACCAAAAAUUUGGUAGAAUCGUCAAUACUGCAUCACCUGCAGGUCUCUACGGUAAUUUCGGCCAGUCAAAUUAUUCUGCUGCAAAAUUGGGAUUAGUUGGACUAGCUGAAACUUUGGCUAAAGAAGGUUUUAAAUAUAAUAUUAUGGUCAAUGCUAUUGCACCGUUGGCAAGAUCAAGAAUGACAGAAAAUGUUUUACCUUCAUAUAUUUUAAAAGAACUAAAUCCAGAGAAAAUUUCCCCUUUAGUACUUUUUUUAUCACAUGAAUCAACUAAUGUGACUAAUUCAAUUUUUGAAUUAGCUGCUGGCUUUUAUAGUCAGAUCAGAUGGGAACGUUCUUCUGGACAAAUUUUUACUCCAAAUGAAAAAUAUUUAACUCCGGAAGCUCUCUUAUCUAAAUGGAUUGAUAUUAAUGAUUUUAAAUCUGAUAAAUCUUUUAAAAAAAUCGAACAUCCAAUCCAAUUAGCAGAUUAUAACGACCUUAUAACGAAAGCCAAAAAAUUACCUCUAGCAAAUGAACAAGGUAGUAUUCAAAUCAAAUCUUUAAAGGAUAAGGUCGUUGUUAUCACUGGAGCAGGUAGCGGAUUAGGUAAAUCACAUGCCUAUUGGUUUGCCAAAUAUGGAGCUAAAAUUGUAGUUAAUGACAUUAAUAAUGCUGAUAAAGUAGUUAAGGAAUUGAAUUCUAAAUUUAAUCAAAAUAUAGCAGUUGCAGAUUCCCAUGAUAUUAUAAAACAAUCCAAAUUAGUAAUUGACACAGCCCUGAAUUAUUUUGGAAGGGUAGAUGUCUUGGUUAAUAAUGCUGGUAUUUUAAGAGAUAAAUCUUUCUUAAAGAUGAGCGAAAAGGAUUGGGAUGAUGUAUUACAAGUACAUCUUUAUGCCACCUAUUCCAUGUGUAAAUCAGUUUGGCCAAUUUUCUUGAAACAAAAGACUGGGUUUAUUAUUAAUACAACUUCAACAUCGGGCAUAUAUGGUAAUUUUGGUCAAGCAAAUUAUGCAGCAGCUAAAGCAGCUAUCCUUGGAUUUUCAAGAACUUUGGCUAUUGAAGGUGCAAAAAAGGGAAUUAAAGUCAAUAUUAUAGCACCACAUGCAGAGACUUCAAUGACUAAGACAAUCUUUGGAGAAAAAGAAUUGCAGAACCAUUUUGAACCUGCUUUUGUUUCUCCCUUAGUUGUCUUGUUAGCAUCAGAAGAAUUACAGAAUUCUAACAAGAAGAAACCCGUAAAUGGUAUGUUAUAUGAAGUUGGAGGUGGUUGGUGUGGUCAAACUAGGUGGCAAAGAUCACAAGGUUACAUUUCAAGGUUGGCAAAUAUUUCACCAGAGAUUAUUAAAGAACAUUGGGAUGACAUAACAAAUUUUGUUAAGGGUAAACAAGUUCAUCCAACAUCAACUGAACAAUCUUUAAUGGCAAUAUUACAAGCUGUACAAAAAGCAGAAAUGAUAAGAAAAGAUGAAGCAAAUAGUAAAGUUAAUACUACACUAGCUAAAACAAGUAAAGAUAAUGGUACGUUGAAAGGUAUAUAUAGAUACAAUUUCAAAGAUUGUAUCCUUUACAAUAUUGGAGUUGGUGCCACCAGUAAAGAAUUGAGAUAUAUCUAUGAAAAUGAUCCAGACUUCCAAGUUUUACCGACGUUUGCGGUUAUCCCUUCUAUGAAUACAGUUCAAUAUUUAAAUAUGGAUGAUUUAGUAGAUGAUUUUAAUUUCGCUAUGCUAUUACACGGGGAACAGUAUUUUAAGAUAAACUCUGAGGGCAUUAAGCUUCCUACGCAGGCUACUUUAAGAACAGAAGUGACACCACUACAAGUUCAAAAUAAAGGCAAUAAAGCUGCUAUUAUUGUUGGAGGUUUUAGUACGUAUGAUGUUGAUAGUGGUAAAUUAUUAAUGUAUAAUGAAGGAACAUUUUUCAUUAGGGGUGCGUAUGUUCCAUCAAAGGAUAAAGAAAUUAAUAAAAAAAGAUCGACUUUUGCUAUCGAGAAUUUUUCUGUUCCUAAGAAUAUAGCCACACCAGAUUUAGAAGUAGAUAUUCCUACGUCAGAGGAUUUAGCAAGUGUGUAUCGAUUAUCUGGAGAUUAUAAUCCACUACAUGUCGAUCCAGUUGUCGCAAAAGCAGUUAAAUUUCCUAAACCUAUUCUGCAUGGUCUAUGUACUAUGGGCAUUACAGGAAAAGUUUUAUAUGAAAAGUUUGGUCCAUUUGAUGAAUUAAAAGUGAGAUUUACAAACGUUGUAAUCCCAGGUGAUAAAUUAAAAAUCAAAGCCUGGAAGAAAGACAACGGAAUUGUUAUCUUUCAAACUAUCGAUAUUAAUACAAAUGUAAUUGUGUUGGAUAAUGCUGCAAUUAAAUUAAAAAAUUAUGUAGUUUCAAAAUUAUAA